AUGUCCAUGUAUCUGUGCUUGGACGUAUUCUGCGAGCAACAAGCAAGGGCCGCCGAGGUGGCGGCCCUGAACGAGAGCUGUGUCGGGUCGGGCAUGCGUGCGCUUCCUCCGAUUUCUAUCGUGUCCAACUACACGGCGGGCGACAUUGAGAGGCUGCGACACAUCAGGCUCGACGAGACGUUUGCGCCCAACGACACGGUCAAGGAAGUCGUGCUGCCCGCUUCUGAGCUUCACAAAGCCUGGUUUGAUACCUUGGACGCCAUCAAAUAUGUCAAGCACUACCACUUUUUGUACGGCUCUUUCAUGAUCAUGUUUUGGAUCGUCGUGGUGGCCCUGGGCGUCGGGAACAGAGUCGUGCUCGGAUCCAUUCGUUUCCUGAAGACGUACCGACUGUGCCGUGGACACCGCUCCGAGACGGCAACGUGGAUGAGGCGGAGGAUUCUGCUACCGGCCACUUUUGGAUACAGAUGCGCCACGGAGGUGUGGUGCGGGACGAUUCCUCCUCGGAUGCAGAGCCUCACCAUUGCUGCGUUUGCAAUCGCGAACCUCGCCUUCAGCAUGUACGGGUACAAAAUCACACCCGUCAAUCUUUAUUUCCCGUCGCCUUUGCGGCAAUGGCUACGCUAUGUUUCUGACCGGACGGGCAUUAUUUCUUUUGCCAACUUUCCUGUCAUUUGGCUCUUUGGCAUGCGUAACAACUUUGCUAUUUGGCUGACGGGAUGGGACUUUGGCACGUACAACAACUUUCAUCGCUGGGUUGCGAGGAUCGCAACGCUCCAGGCUGUUGUUCAUUCGGUGGGAUAUACGGCGCUCAUUCUGUACAACGGCGGGUGGACGUAUUUUGCUUCAUGGUGGAGGCGAACGUUCUGGGUAGCUGGCGAAGUGGCGACGGUGUUUAUGUGUGCCUUGAUAGCUUGCUCCGUCUACUGGCUACGGCGCCAAAGGUACGAGCUGUUUCUCGUGUUGCACAUUGGCAUGUCCGCAGUCGUCCUGGUCACUAUGCUCGGCCAUGUGUCUAUUUUCAACGGCCAUUUUGACGCCUUUUUCUGGAUCCCCGUGUUCCUGUGGAUAUUUGACAGAGUCCUACGCAUCCUCCGAAUCGUCUUUUUCAACCCGACGCUAAAGCCGACUGUCGCCACCGCCACGUACAGUCUGUCCACAAACAUUGUGCGGCUCCAUGUUCCCUGUCGUUUCAGAGCGUACAAAGUUCGACCCGGGACGUAUUGUUAUCUCUCAGUCAUCGACGACGAACGAUUCUGGGAAAGCCACCCUUUCACUGUGGCAUCUGUUUCCGACUCCAGCCCGCCAGGCAAAUCCUUUGGCGAACAAGCCCCUCUCCUCGAAUCCGGUGUCGUCAACGCAGAGUAUCAGGAGACUGCCGAGCCAGACUCGAGGCUUCUCCUAUUCCUCAUCAGGCCAUACGACAGCUUCACGUCUCGACUGAGAGAUCUGGCUGCCAAGGAGUCCCCGCAACCAGCGUCACUGCGGGUGCUGAUGGACGGGCCAUACGGACACAGCCAGCCGCUACACCAAUUCGACCACGUCCUGUUCGUUGUGGGGGGCAGUGGCAUCGUCGUGCCCCUCUCCUAUCUCAAGGUCCUGACGGGAUGUAACAAGCAAACAACGUCUACCCACGUUCACUGGGCCACGCGGGAGCCAGACUUCGCAGCAGACGUUCUUUCGAAUGACGUGGGAGAGGCUCUUGGCGACGCGAGUCUCGCCAUCGACCUGUACUUCUCUGCCGAGACGGAGAGAAACAUGGGCGCGGACAUACCACCAAAAGUGUCGCGACAUUACGGGCGGCCGAACGCGAGGGCGAUUAUCCUCGCGGCUGCGGAAGACGCAGGCGAAUGCAGUCUGGCGGUUGUUGCAUGUGGCCCAGCCAGGAUGGCAGACGACGCCAGAAGGGCUGUCGUACAAGGCUUGGCCACUUUUCCGUGUCAGAUGGAAUACUUCGAAGAGAGCUUCAGAUGGUAG